GAUUAAACACCUACUACUACAUCAUAUCAUUGCUAGCAAUAUCGCGCGGAUGCCUUUACUUGUACACAGCUGUUUCACUGUGGCUUACCAUGAUGUUGGAUCGUUAUGAUAUCAGCCGCCUAGAGGAGUCGCUAUCGAUGAGGGCGAGAAGGCGAAGCGAUGGAGGCGAUGACAUAGACAACUCAAGCAACAGCAAUCUAUCGCUGUCCAGAGGGAGCGAUGAAUUGUCUGAAAUGUUGUGCAAUCAACUCACGAACAUGAAUUUUUCAGAACGGAAUGCAAUCCAAGAAGAAAUCCAUGGCGCUCGAUGCAUGGCUGUCGAAGAAACACCCGCAUUGAUUCGAAGAUCUCUAAACGAGUUCGAGAGCGAACUCUACAACGGUGAUGAAACGGGAGGCAGCAGGCAUGUGUAUCGCAGGAUACUCAAACGACAUUUGGAGAGAAUCGAAGCUGCCUCGAAAGAUACCUCUAUUGUGCAUCCCUCAAAUUACGCCAUCGACGACGAAGAUUUUCGGUUGCGCUUCCUACGGUGUGAAAUGUUUGACGCCUCUCGUGCAGCUCAGCGAUUUUGCAACUAUCUGGACCUUGCAUACGAGCUGUUUGGAGAUAUUGUCCUGGAACGAAUGGUUUUGAUAAAGGACUUCGAAAAAUCAGAAAUCAAUAUCUUUCGCAAAGGUUACUGGCAGCUAAUGCCGUUUCGAGACAGCAGUGGACGUAGGGUGUUCGUAUUUUUCGGAGGCAUAGGUGUCCAUGCCGACCUCUUGUUGAGAGUACGUGCUUUGUCAACAGAAUGUUAAAAUAUAUCACAUGGUAUGAUACGGUAUGAGAUGCAUUGCACCCACUGUAGCAUCCAUGAAAGAUAUAAUCGCUAACGUGUGAUUUGCUUCCCAUGCUCUUCUUUCAUUUUGAAACCUUCAAAUAGGAUAAAAUUCUCUUCUAUAUGUGGGAUGUCGUAACGCGAGAUUCGGUCGAAAGCCAGCAGAAGGGCUUCGUAAUAAUACGACAGUUCGGGAACGUCGGUUUGAACAAAAAUGUCUUAUUCAACCACUCUAUGAAGCAGAGAACAAACAAAAUCGACUUUGGAGAGAUAGCCAAUACCAUGAAACGUCUUUUCAUUUCGAUACCUUCACGGAUCGUGGCCCUUCACGCGACCGUACCUGAUAAUCAUAUCAUUCGGCUUCUGGGGAAAAUAAUAUUGAAAAGAAUUUUUUCUGGACCUCUUUGCAAUGUCGGACCGAGGUUCGUAUUGGGAUCCGAAAGUAGCGACACGAAAGCUCUGAAUCGAUUGAAAUCUUAUGGGAUUCCCGUAGAUUUGUUGCCCUCGACAGAAACUACUAAUAGCAUCAAAUCCACGUUUCACAACCAGUGGAUGAAAACGAGGAGUAUGGUAGAAUGCGGAUAUAUAGAACACAGCGAGGAAGGUCGUACUGGCGAUAGGGAUGACCGCGAUGAAAACAGAGAGAAAAUCAAUGGCACCUUUGUAGAAUGCCCUGGCUUGAACGAUGUCGUUUUUCGGAAGGGUUCACGGUUAGCAUCCCUUCAAAAUCCUGGCAACAGAUUGUUUCGUGAUCUGAUAGGAACGGUUCUAGAAGAAAAAGAAAAUAGAUUAGAAAAACAACGAAAGCAAACGGCAACUUCCGCUCAAGAUACCACGCAAAUUGAUGCUUCAACAUCGAGUUCCGAAAACGACGAUGGUGAACAUGCCAAUCCUUCCAGCGCAAGACAAUAUGCGGCUAGCACAGUCUGUAAUGAAUUAUCUUGUAAUGAAACAACAUUCCUACCGUCGGCAUUGGAGUCCGCGAACACAGGAACAUCGAAGUCGAAACCGUGGUCGGGGAAGCAUACGGAGAGAGGCUUUUGUGAUUGGCUGGUAAAUCACAUAAUCCAUAAUUUGAAGGGGCGUUUCCUUGACUGGGAACCACGCAUGAAUGGAUGGGUCGUGAUGACCGACAAGAUUAAAAUAAGACGCAAAGUUUCCGUCUCGCUCUACAAUUGGGGGAAAAAACUCAAAACCCAAGCAAAGCAUCAAUCGCAAGGGUUGCUGUUAUCAAAGAACAAGACGGCACAUACCACACCUUUUUGCAACGGCAAAAGGGACGCCACCAUCGAAACCCCUCCCUUUGGUAGAGAGCACGAAGGCUGUGAUAACGGGAUGUCUUCUUGAUUUACAGAUGUAGGAUUCCCAUUGCCACCGCAGCAACAGUUUAGAUGCUAUAUGAUGUGGAACUAUGAUUAAACGCCAACAGCAAAAAUCCACGCUGCCUUCCGAGUUCCGAUGCAGCAAAUUCGAUCGGUGAUAAGAGAGCCCGAUAUGAAACAAUGAUACGACAUUAUGGAUCCCUACCAAAAGAGAUGGAAAUGCAUUCAUACGCAAAAACAAAAGCACGUAACAUAAACUCAUUCACGAUCAACCAUUUGUGCCAUGACUAAGGCUGGGAGAAGCAAUGAUCCACGCCAUCGAAUGCGAGCUCUGUGUAUUCCGUUGGUAGCCACUAUUAAAAUUUUUAUUUUCUGGUAACUUGGCAAUACAUACAUAUAUAUAUA